AUGUCGGUGAUGAACACUGCGCGAAUCCACGACAAACAGAAGCUGAAGUCGUACUGGGAGCAGAGGAUUGUUCAGCACAGCGAGCACAUGGGUGAAGAGGAGAAUCGCGUGGGGAGCAGUGCACUGGCACGGCUGAGGGAGCAGUGGGUGGUCAGGUUGGAUCAGAGGAACCGUCACCAGCAGUGUUUCUUUGAAGAGAGAAUCAGAAGAGCUGAGAAAAUGAAGCAUAGUGUUAUCAGUCCUGAGUCGCCCUGA